AAAACUACAUUUGUAUACGAUCAUCGGCAUUUCAUUACUUUUCUGAACUAGGUGUGGGUUAUGUUCCAUGCAGCAAACAAAAUACAACUAUAUCUUGAGAGGACCCCAAGUUUGUUUAUGGUUCACUGAGCCAACAACUCGAUGAACACGGUCUGGUGGUUUGAUAAAAUUAUAGCAGUGUUCUUACUAAAUCUAAAGGAAUAUAACUGGACUUAGCUCACACCAGUUACAGAAUAUUGGAAACAUACAGCUGUUAUAGAAAUGGACCCAGACGCUGGCAGAGAUUAUGACUUUUGGCCAAUUAGCGAGCUUCCGGACAUUUAUUUGGACUCUGAAUUUUUUAUGCAGACAUGCAAUAUUAUGGCGAUAUUACACAGACACAUCUUUAUCAUUACGCGGCGUAACAUGCGUUAUGAACUCUUAAGACUUUUAACAUUUAUUUUAUAUUUUCCUCGAAAUACAAGAUUAGAUUUGCGCGCUUUUGCAACUGCUGGUUUUUAUUAUACUCGAGAAAGGGACUAUGUUGUAUGCUACCGUUGUGGGUUUUGUAAAAGGAACUGGACAGAAGGAGAUGAUCCACAUGAAAUUCAUCAAAGAUAUUCACCUGUCUGCGACUUUUUUCAAAAUCGUGGUGUCAACAUACCCUUUUUCCGUAUUGAUGAAGGUGGACUUAGACGCUUAACAGAAACAAUAACUGUAAACGAACGAAUUUCUCCUGGGCCUAUGCCAGUUAUUCCCGCAGAUGAAAUUCAGCAACACAUUUUACGGCUUUUGGGAGGAACAUAUCCAGAAAUCAACAGAAGAAUAGUCUUUUCUGAUAGAGAUUACAUUAACGCUCAACCAGUGGUAGAUUUGCGCCAGGGAAGACAAUUAGUCGAAAACUUAAAUUUUGUUGUGAAUGAAAUUUCUGUUACAUUAAGUGAUUUAGAAAUUAAUCUGAGAAGAGACUUCUUACACAGCUUGACGGAAUCUGAAUCAGGCGUUACAUUGCAUUCUCGUCCAGUCAGACAGAAUGAGCAUUAUCAAGCCAUCAGUUUAGGCCUAAGCAGAAGGUCUAAUAGAAGUGUAACAUUAGAAGGCGUUCAUUCCAGUACAUCUUUGCAUUCAGUACAUGAUUUGUACACAGCAGAGGAAUCUGAAGUACAAACUGAAGGUCGCUUAUUACAAGAGGACAAUUCUGACCUUUAUGGAGUUCAUAGUGUGGAGAGAUGUUUUAGUCAUGUAUCUGAACAAACAGGUGAUUGCAGUAGGAGAGACAACUGUAUACCUUUAUUAAGAGGGCUUAUGACAACUGAGUUAAACCAAGACCAAAAUAUUUCAUAUGAUUCCAUAGAGAAAGAAGAGAUAGCAUACAGUAGCGAAACAGAUCAGACACAAUUAAAAACUCUUUGUGAACCAGAAAUGAAUGUCAACCAUUCAGUCAUCAGCGAACAUUCAGAGCAGACAUCUGACAAUGUAUCAGUCUUGGGGUCGGGUAAUAACAAAUCCGAAGCAACUAUAGUUGAAGCACCAGAGGAAACAUGUCGGAAAGCUUUAGAGUCUCAUGAAGUCUCAACGGGAAAGGACAAUGGUGAAUCAGCUCAGCGUGUUUUUAGUAUUUCAACAGUAGAGGGGAGAGAAAAGGGAUACAGUAGUGAAACAGAACAAACGCAGUUGAAAACUAUUUGUGAACCAGUCAUCAGCGACAGGUCGCAGCCGACAUCUGACAAUGUAUCAGUACUUACGUCUGGUAAUAACAAAGGAAAAGCAAAUAAAGCUGCAACACCAGAGGAUACAUGUCGGAAAGCAUGUUCUCCUGAAGAAUCAACAGAAAAGGGCAAUAAUAAAUCAGCUCAGUGUGUAUUCAUUAAUUCAACAGUGGAACGUAGAGAGAUUUACUGUUCGAGCCAUCAAGAAGCAGAAACUUCUGAGACAUCAACAUCUGACACAGUAAUAUCAGACGGAAAAGAUUCCGACAAAUCUCAGUUCAAAGCCUUGCCUAGACAUAAUAAUAAACCUUUUACGGCAACUAUCUCGAGUGGAACCCAUGAUCAAACGAAAGAUGCAGCUGACGUCACAACAUCAUCUACAGAAAUAAAGGCCAAGGCAGCUGCAACACCAGAGGAUACAUGUCGGAAAGCAUUGUGUUCUCCUGAAGAAUCAACAGAAAAUGGCAAUGGUGAAUCGGCUCAGCGUGUUUUUUCUAAUUCAACAGCGGAAGGAGGUGAAUUCGAGUUUUACUUCCCGAGCCCUCAAGAAGCGGAAACUGGUGAGACAUUAAAACCUAAUACAGUGGUAUCUGACGGAAAAGAUUCCAACAAUUCUCAGUUCAAAGUAUUGCCUAGACAUAAUAAUGAACCUCUCACGGCACUUAUCUUGAGUGGAGCCCAUGAUCCAACGAAAGAUGCAACUGACGUCACGACAUCAUCUACAGACAUAAAGGCUAAGGCAGUAGAGGGGAGAGAGAAGGGAUAUAGUAGCGAAACAGAACAAACACCAUCGAAAACUAUCUGUGAACCAGCCAUCAACGGCAGGUCACAGCGGACAUCUGACAAUGUAUCUGUUAGGGCGUCGGCUAAUAAAAAAGGUGAAGCAAUUAUAGCUGCAAUACCAGAGGAUACACGUUGGAAAGCAUUAGAUUCUCCUGGAGACUCAACAAAAAAGGGCAAUGCUGAAUCAACUCAAUGUGUUUUUAGUAAUUUAGCGGAAAGAGGAGAGAUUCCAAAGGUUUACUUUCCGAGCCCUCAAGAAGUGGAAAUAUUUGGGACAGCAACACCUAAAACAGUGGUAUCAGAGGGAAGAGAUUCCAACAAUGCUCAGUUCAAAGUAUUGCCUAUACCUCUUACGGCAACUAUCUCGAGCGAGGCUCAAGAGCUAAAGAAAGAUGCAGCUGACGUAAUAACAUUAUUUUCGGACAUGACGGCUAGGACAGAACAAAAAAGAAUGACAGAUGCAAGCGAUAAGAAACGCCAAAAAGUGAAAAGAGAUACUUGUACCAUUGACAAUAGAACAAUUUCUAAUAUGAAUGUGGCGCGCACAACGGCUGGUGAUGAAGGUUUCUCCACUAACAAAAGAAUAGAACAUAAUGAAAAACGCGUAAAUUGUAAUGCCGAUAUUGACUUAAAUGGAGGCCAUGUAGCAACACACAAUAAAGAACAAACAGCCAUAAAGUUUCGCACUUCAUUACCAUGUCUAGAAAAGAAAAAUCAAAUAGGAACUCAUUCAUUUGACAAACAGACAGGUCAUCAAAACACCAGGGAAGAUUUACCAAAUGAUCCAGAUUCAACUCAACAUUUGCCUGAAACAGGAACUAAAUAUAUGUAUGGUCCUGCUUUUACUUGGCAAGAUAAUGACGAUCAUGAAACACUCCCUAUGAACGCAGAUAUACCAGAAGGUAAAAAGAUAUUCACUGUACCAUUCUGUCCAGUAUUUAACAUUCCUGACAUUCGAGAAAAAGAUCAGGACACUUCUGGAUUCAAUACUCACUUUAAAAACAUGGAGAAGAACAUGCCUCAGGACGAACGUUCCUUGACAGAAAAUAGAGAACAAAAAGGUCUAACGAAUCGUAAUAUUUCGGAAGAAGGUAAGCAGAGGAUUGGGACUGUUGUCAAAGAAGAUUUUUCAAACGAGUCACAAGCUGCAAUAUUACAUCCAUCUGAUCACGUUGACAAACAACUAAAAGAAAAACAUUCCCUUCCUCGGCCGUGUUCUGAUUCCAAGUUUUUAAAUUUGAAAACGGGACAAACCUCUGGAAUUUCUCUUCAUAGAUGCCGACAUGUUAGUGCAGAUUCGACUCUCAAUAAAAGACGUAAUAUGUCAGCUACUCCAUUUCAAGAUGUAUCGCCUGCAAAUUGGAAAGCAGAAACCGAUAGGAGCUACACCAUUUUAUUGCGAAACAAAAGAUUUAGAGUUGCAGAAUAUAGUAAUGAAGAUAUACUAGUAGAUCUGAAACAGAGGUACCGCAUCAGAGAUAAGCCUUUUGCCAUACCAAUCCAAUAUUUUGGGAAAAGAUGCUAUUAUCCAGACGGCAACACCAAAGCAGAUGACAAUGAUAUUGCUCAUGACAUGCGCAAAAUUGGAUUUUUUUCUAGGAAAGUACUUCAGAAGGAAGAGCUAUGUUCAAAAUCACAAGAAUCAUUAGGUGAUGAAAGUGAAGAAUCAUUUGGAGAUGAAAGUGAACAGUGCAGUAUUACAGAAAAAAUCAACGCCCAAUUGUGUCAACAAAAGAAAACUAGUACAAGUAAGACGGCACCAGCUUUAAGGGAAGGCUCUAGUGAAAGUAGUGAUAUAGCCGUUGAUGUUUCGUUUAAUUUAGCACGAGAACAAUUUAACAAGAUCAAAGAUCCUAGGAGGAAGAAAUUUGCUUUAACACAAAUUCGUAAAGCGAUUUCUGAAGCACAUACGUUGGAGUUUACGGACACAAGUGACUAAUGCGUUUCGAAGCCUUGUGAGAACAAGUAAUUAUUUUAACACUAUAAUAACUAUUCUUCACCAAAUAGUUGUUUAACAAAGAACAGUACUGCAUUCUCUUUUAAUCCGACCAGAAUCCUACGUUGUAUAGACAUCGAAAUGUAACGUCUACUACACGUCGUGAAUAUGACGUUGAACACACGUUGUAUUUAGGUCGCCGACAUCGCGACCAGAAUCCAACGUUGUUUCAACUUUGUGUCGACGUCAGGUGUUUGCUGGGAUAAGGUCUGUCAUCUGAUGACACGUUAUAAUUAAUUCACAUAAGCUGUAAAAGAUGUUUUUUGAAAAUGUAAGAAAAAGCGUUUACACAAUAUCUAUGCAACUGUUCUAGAUUAUUCUAUAUAUCAUGCACAGCACAGUAUUUAAAUAUUUAACAAAUGCCACUGUUUAACAUGAUUUAUUCUUUAUAUUAGCUUUAUUUUCUAUGCUCAUAAUACAAAUAUGUUCACGAAGAAAUUUUCAUACAGAACACUACUAAACUCACGCACGCAUAAAUACACAUAUGCCUCUAGACACUCACAUAUGCUUGUAUACUCAAGUGUUCUCACAAUACCCAAGCGGAGCAUAUGUACAAAUUGAUAAGGUUAAUGAACAUGUUUACCUUGGAACCACGGACGACUUAUUUGAAAUCUGAUUCUUUGUGAACUACGAACUUUGUUGCACAUAGCUUAUACAUGGUUUCCAUUAUAAUUGUAAUCAAAUAUAUAAAGUUAUGUUAUAGUGAUAAUGCCGUUAGAUAUCAUUUAUAUUUUGACGAAAAAUUUCGGUAAAAUAAUUGGAUGAAGAAAAAACAAGGUUUUUGUGUGUUCUACAACAUUUAGAUUGAGUUUUAUUAGAUAUGAUCUAAUACGUAAAAAUAUGUGUCUAUGUAUGAUUGAUAUAUUUAAGAAAGAGACAUCAAGCAUGUAUUGUAUUCUAUUUAAAUUGCUUAUUUUCGAAAAUAAUAAGACUCGAGGGUAGAUUGACAAUAGUUGGAAUUUGUCUGGGUAACAAUUACGCAUAUUUAGGGUCUUAUGUGCUUUCCAUAGCGAAAUAUAAGGCAGAAUAGAAGACUCCGACCCACACAUUUAAGGCUCUUCAUGAUAAGUUCCCUGAGUAUAUUGGGGAUAUGGUAUAAGUGUAUAGAGCAGUCACAAGACACUGUGUCAUUAGUUGAUCCCUGAUGUAUGACAAUAGGAGCUUUUCGUACCACUCCCAAGCUUUGGAAAGAUUAGGGAAACUGAUACGCUGGCUGCUAAAUGAUACAAUUUUCGUAUCAAAGCAUAGAACAGUAUUUUAUCCUAAAGUCAUUUGAUAUGUGUAUAUCUUUAUUAUAUAUUCAUGUUAGGCAUUUUUUUUUACUUCUUAAUCGUUUUAUUUUUAAAAUGUAUUAUGUAAAUCACUUCUGAACGUGUACAUGAGAAUAAAAGAAUGACAUGUAAAUGCGGUAUAAUAACAACAUCUUUAUGAUAUAUAAUUACAUUUUCAUACGCCUGAAGGGAGUAUUAUGUUAUACCCCCGGUGUCCGUCUGUCUGUCCGACCGUCAGUUAGCAAUUCAUUUCGUGUCUGCUCUGUAACUCUUGAACCCCUUGAAAGAUUUUGAAGACAUUUGACACAAAUGUUCACCACAACAAGACGACGUGCAGAAUGCAUGUUUCGGAUUGCUCGCUUCAAGGUAAAGGUCAAAUAUAGAGGUCAAAGGUCAUAUCACUUUGUUUUGUGCCCGCUCUAUUACACUUGAACUACUUGAAGGAUUUUAAAGAAACUUGGCACAAAUGUCCACCACAUCGAGACGAUGUGCAGAGCUCAUGUUUUGGAUGGCUCACUUUAAGGUCAAGAUCAAAUUUAUUGGGUCAAAGGUCAUCACUUUGAUUCAUGUGUAUAUUGCUCUGCAUUGCGGUGCUAUUGGUUUUAUUUUGCAGAUCCAUUUUUGUUCACUUUUUUGGAAUUUCUUCCCUUCGUUGUUCCUGUCCUCUGGGCUUAAACAGUCCUUUAAAUUUUGCUCCCAUCCUCCUCUGAUAUAACCCUCCGGGCGUAUAUUGCCCCGCUUAGCAGAGCUCUUGUCGAAAAUAAUGUAUUGUUCAUAUACAUAGCUAUACUGCUUCCAUGAUUCCAGUAAGUUUGUGAUAAGUAAUAAUUACAUAUCUUUACAACCUUUUUAUUUGAAGUGUGAUAUAGAAUAUUGUCUCGUUUGGUGUAUCUGGUAUUUGUUGAACAGAAGAGGCUGAUUUGCAGUUAAUUGUAGAUACGUAGUAUAGCAAUGGAAAGCACGAAUAUUAACUGUGAUAUGGAGGCGAUAUAACAAUCAAUCUAGGUCGCUUGAUAAAUCUUCAUUAAACUUGGUUUGUAGCACUUUUGUAAGGUCCUCUCUCACAUUUGUUUAAGUAGGGGUACCAUUUGAAGGGCACUAGCGCUAAAGAAUUGAAAUAUGUUUGAACAAAUUCUUCUCAUGGACAGCUCAUUGGGCUUCCAUAAAAUGUGGCCUGUAAUAUUUUUGUAAUGCCCUCUCCAAUAUUUGUAUAUUUGUGUAAAUGAUGAAGGGCUGCUACAGCUCAAAGUAGAAAAAAAUCUUUAAGCGAUUUCAUGUCAUGAACUACUUGAUGGAUUUUCGUCAACUUAGUCUGUAGUAGUAGUAGUUCAAAUAGAGACACUUGUCCCAUUUUAGGUACCAAUAGUGCUGAAAAUAGAAAAUAUUCUAAAAGACUUCUUCUCGUGAACCGCUUGACGGAUCUUCAUCAAACUAGGUAUGCAGCGUCAAUGUGAGGUUCUCUCACAUGUAUUCGAAUGAGGACACUUCGCCCUUUUAGGCGCCGCAGGAGCUAAGAAUAAUUAAAACUUUAAACAGUUUCUUCGCCUAAACUGCCUGAUGGACAGUCUGAAUAGUCAUUACAAAGGUCAUAAAUGGGUGGCAUUUAGCCUCUUUUAGGGUCAGCUGAAGCUAGAAAUAAAAAAUAAAUUUAAAAGAUUUUACGAUGAACCGCUAGUUGAAUCGUCAUAAACCUUUGUCUGUACCAUCAUUAAAAGGUCCAUUCCCAAUUUCGUACACAAAUGGCCAAGUACAUUGGGUCACUUGGCCAGUUUGAGGGUCUGCGAGAGCGUAACCUAAAAUCACAAGGCACUGUGUCAUUAGUUGUACAGUGAAGUCUGACAAUCGGAGCUUUUCGCACCGCUCCCAAGCUUUGGAAAGAUUAAUGAAACUGAUACGAUGGCUGCUAAAUUUUAUAUUUUUCAUAUCAAAGCGUAGAACUAUAUUUUAUCUUAAUGUCAUUUGAUAUGUGUAUAUCUUUGUGUUUUCUGUUUAUAUCAUUUUUUAUAUUCAUGUUUGGCAGUUUUGUUUUUUUGUUUCUUUUGACUUCAUAAUCGUUUUACUCUUUAGAAUGUAUUAUUUAAACACUUUUGAACGUGUACAUAAACAUGAAAAGAAUGACUUAUAAAUGUGUUAUGAUAAUAACAACUUAAUGAUAUGUAAUUGUAUUUUGUAAAUAAUGUAUUGUUCAUAUACAUAAAGCUCUAUACUGCAAGCAAGUUUCCAGUAUGUUUGUGAUAAGUAAUAAUUAUAUAUCUUUACAACCUUUUUUAUUUGAGAUGUGAUAUAUAUAUAUUGUCUCGUUUGGUGUAUCUGGUAUUUGUUGAAUAGUAGAGGCUGAAUUGCAAUUAGGUGUAAAUACGUAGUAUAGCUAUGGAAAGCACGGAUAUUAACUGUGAUUUAGCGGUGAUAUAGAAAUAUCCCUAGGUCAUGUUUGUGAACGUAAUACUUAAAGCAUUUGAUGAAAUUUAUCACGGAUACUCUGUCUACAUAUAGAAACGGUUUAAAAAGCUGAAUGCUGGCUCAUUAUGCCGAAUAUAUGUAUAUUUAAAGUUUGAAUUGAUGCAAAGCUGUUUAAUUACAUACAUGACCUAUGUCACAAUUUCUGGAAUUAAUGUAAAAUAUAAGCUAAGAGUUACAGUUUUAUUAUGUGAUGCUACCAAUUUAAAACUUUAUAAUCAUGGACAAGUACUAAUAGUGUGCUAUUGACUGAAAUACCCAUAAUAUAAAGUGAACAAAGUAAGAAUACAUUUUUAUCCAGAAAAACAAUGUAAUCAGCAAGACAACUGGCAAAUGACUAGUGCCAAUUAUGUUUUACAAACAUUGUGUGUGUAUAUAUAUAAAUAUGUGUAUAUGAUAUUUACUAUGUUAUGCUAAACGAGUGAACAUCAUAUUUUUAUUCUAGGUAGUAAUACGAAUACGUGUUUACUACUGCUGAAAAGAGAGCAGUUUCCUUAAAGUAUGACGUAGAAAAUCAAAUUAACAAUUUUAUUCAAAAUCAUAUUACUUUUUAGCUCACCUGCACAGAAGGUUCAGGGUGAGCUGCAAGUAUAUGUAGAUUGUCCUACGUCCGUCGUCGUCCGUCGCUCAAUGUCUGUCGUCAACAAUUUUCAUAAGUAUCUUUAUAUGGAAAUACUGAUCAGAAUUACAUCAAACCUAGUGUAUAGCCUCCGGGCAAGGUCCUUUUUCACAUUUAUCUAAAUGGAUUCGCCUGACCCCUAUUAGAGGAGACUAGAACCCAAAGUAGAAAAACAUUUAAACCACUUCUUCUUAUGAACCGCGUGAUAGAUCUUGAUCAAAUCGGUUAUUUUAAAGCCCUCUUCCAGUUAUGUUUUCAAGAAUUUGGGCACUCGGACCCUUUAGGGGCCGCAAGAUAUAAAAGGAGAAAACAUUUAAACUUUUCUCUCCAAAAAUGGUUCAAAUGGAAAUGUUUAACCCCUUUCAAGGGCCCUAAGAAUAAAAACUGAAAAAUCUUUUCUCAUUAACCGCUUGAUAGGUCUUCAUUGAACUUGGUUUGUAGCAUCAUCGUAACGUCCUCUCUCAAAUCUGUUCAAAUUUGGUCUCUUUGAGGGGCGCUAGCUCUAAACAAUUCAAAUACGUUUGAAAAAUGUCUUCUCAUGAACAGCUUAUUGGACCUCCAUCAGUUUUGGUCUGUAACAUUUUUGUAAGGUCCUCUCCAGUAUUUGUUCAAAUGAUGGCACUUGGUCUCUUAAGCGCUGCUACAGCUCAAAUUAAACAAAAAAUAAGCGAUUUCAUGACAUGAACCAGUUGAUAGAUCUUAUCAUCUUAGUCUGUAGCAUCAGUGUAAAUUCUUCUACUGAGGCACUUGACCCUUUUAGGGACGGUAGUGCUAAAAAUAGAAAAUAUUUUAAAAGGCAUCUUCUCGUGAACCGCUUGAUGGAUCUUCAUCAAACUUGGCAUGCAGCCCUUUCAUAUUUAUUCGAAUGAGGACAGUUGACCCUUUUUAGGCGCCACAGGAGCUAAAAAUAAUGAAAACUCUGAACAGUUCCUUCGCCUGAACUGCCUGGUGGAUCUUGAUGAAACAGUCUGAAUCGUCAUUACAAAGGUCGUCUUCAAAUUUAUUCAAAUGGUGGCACUUGGCCUCUUUUAGGGUCAGCUGCAGCUAGAAAUAAAAGUAAAUUUAAAUAAAUUUUCGAUUAAUCGUCAUCAACCUUGGUCUGUAGUUAUAAGUUCGAGUCCCAAUUUCAUUCAUAUGUGGACAGGUACAAAGGGUCACUUAGCCCCUUUUAGGGUUUGCAACAGCUGAAAAUGAAAUAGCAUUAAACGACUUUUUGGUCUACAGCACCAUUCAUUUUAUAAUGUCCUCUCUUAUAUCUGUUGAAAUGGAUACAGUUUGUCCGUUUAAGACAAUACAGGCUGUUAGCACCAAAUAUAGAAAUAUUGUUAAUUGACUUUUUAUCAUGAACCGUUUGAUAGCUAUUCAAUCAACUGAAGCAACAUUAUAAGGUCUUUUAAUUUUCAAAAGGGGCUGCAUUUUACACUAGAUUCUCAUAAAAUUUAGUCAGAAUGAUUGCCUUGAUGAAAUCUAGGUCCAAUUAGAAUAUAUCUCAUCUGUGAUCAAAAACUAGGUCACUAGGUCAAAUCAAAGAAAAACCUUUGUAUAUGCAAUAGAGACUGUAUUUUUCAAUUGAUCUUCAUGAAAUUUGGUCAGAAUGCUAGCCUUGAUAAAAUAAAGGUUAUGUUUGAAUAUGGGUCAUCUGGGGGUCAAAAACUAGGUCGCUAGGAUAUAUCAAAGAAAAACGUUUUGUAUGCGAUAAAAGCUGUAUUUUUCAAUCGAGGUUGAUGAAAUUUAGUCAGUAUGAUUGCCUUGAUCAAAUCUAGGUCAAAUUCGAAUGUAGGUCAUCUUAGCUUAAAAACUAGGUCACUAGGUCAAAUUGAAGAAAAUGCUUGUUUACACUUAAGAGACCACAUUUUUGAUCCAAUCUUAAUGAAAAUUGGUCAGAAUAUUUGUUUCCAUGAAAUCACUAUGUCAAACAUGUUUACACUGUUAUGGUGUGUUUAUCAGGUGAGCGACCUAGGGCCAUCUUGGCCCUCUUUUAUUUCUUAUUUUUUUUUUGGUUGCUUGUUUCUUAUUUUCUUUUUUUUGUUUUUUGCUUUUUUAUGGUUGUUGUUGGUUUUGUGUAUGUGUGUGUGUGUUUGUUGUUGUUGUUUUUGUUUUUGUUGUUGUGUAAGUGUUUCUUUAGCGUUUUUUCAUGGUUAAGCACUUUUACCACUUUUAAAAUCAAUUAAAUUAUAUUUAGAUAUCAAUUAUUUCUAAAGUGGAAGGGGUGAUGGUAAACCAAGAAUAAUAUUUUCUUUAUAUUUAGAGCGCUAGCGUAACUAUGUAUUGUUUUUAAAUACUUUUAUUAAUUUAUGUUAAACGUAUUUUUGUAUUUAGUCAACUGACUGGGUUCCAAGCAAACAUUCCUCUAUCUUGAAAUAUUGGCGAUCGGAUGUGUUAUAAAAGACCUUUUCGGCGUAAAUGUUUAUAUAUACGACUACGGAUAAAGGAUAUCCUAGAAUAUUUAACAAAAUAUACGUCCGCUUCUCUCGUUAUAACUACAAGUAUUCUCUUCCGUUCGAUAGCCUUCACGUUCAUAUUCAGUAUUAAAACAAUAUUGUUACAAUUGGCUUUAAUGCCAGCAAAGAUAUCCUAGAACCAACAUAUGUAGUACUUCCCGUGCAGUAAUUAUACCAUAUAUUUACCAUUAAAACUAUACACAUGUAUUUUAAAACGGAAUAUCAAAAUUAUACCUCUGUGCCUAACGAUUUACACAGUAAUAAGUUCUUAUUGUGUACAACUUGUCGUUUCAUAUACAAUAUACCUUUCAUUCAUUUAUACUUGUUUAUUUGUAUUUGAUCCUGUGUACAGAAAGAGUAAAAUUAUGAUUGUAAAAUUAAUUCUAUGUAAAUUGAUAAUUUGGACCAAGAUUUCUAUGUAUAUAAAUAAAGAAGAAUCAAGCCUUAGCAAACUCUGCAAGCUCCGCUAAUUGUUGAAUCUGAACAAAACUACCUCCACCAGAGUUUUUAUUUCCUGGGUGUCGAAGACACGUGAGCCAUAUGAUAUCCUUCGUCCACCCGUCCACAACAUUCAACGUUCUCAUUCAAUUCAAAUUAAACUUUAUAUAAGUCACCAACAUCAAGUGGGCAUGAAGUUAGAGAACUUAAAAGGAGUGAAAACGAAAGUUUUUUGCGACGAAUGGAUGGACGGACGGACGACGAAUAUCGUAUGCCUCACGGGUCUCCAGACAAAGAUGAGUAACACAUUCAGUAUUAGUUAAUAUUAAUACCAAGUGUCAUAGUCAUUGCACAAUUGCGUUAGACCGCCAAAGGAAGAACUGAUCUUGCUUAUUGAUCGGUUAGUUUGUGUCAGACUUUCUUAUUACGUACGUUCCUGUUUUGAUUUUGUAUGGAAGCUGGCUGAAUUAUUCGUUAAAAUUAUUGUUAUUCAAAAUAUGUUCUGUCCAGUGUAUUUUAGAAAACACCUUAAUGAUAAUUGAAAUUGAUCGAAAUACGUAUACAUUUACGUAGUCGUGUACAUUUCCAUUCUGGCCGAAAAGGUCAAAAAGCAACACAAAUGAUGAUAUGCCCGUAAAAGCGGACGCAGUGGUCUAGUGGUAAUACUGUCUGACUACGAAACCAGGGAUCGUGAGGUUACGCUCCCGCUCCUCCACUAAUUAUGACGUCAAUUAUCCAUAUGACGUCAGGUUAAUGGAUUGAUGAAGCGGUUAUUUAUUAUUAUCAUUAUUGGGAUUGUUAGAAACUUGUAAUGGUUUUUGUCUGAUUUAUCACAAUUCAACUUCCAGAUGGUGAGAUAUUUAACUAUUCGAACUAAAGCUCUCGUGUCUCAAUGCUUUCACAUCUCUGAGCCUGGGUAAAGCAGACGAUAAACAAAGCGAUGUAUUGUAUUAUCACCUAUUUGGUAUAACAUUUAAGUGAAGAAGAGCACAGUCACAUCCUGUUUUUCCUUUUCUUGAACAAAUUAUGUUGUUACAUGGUUUGAGCAAUGUAAAUUUACAAAGGGUUCAGUGGUAUAAAGCCAUCAUUAAAUGUAACAUACAUAUUUUGUUUUAGAAACACAAGAUUAGUUCUUUUAUAAAAAACGAAGUUGACUUCUGUAUGGUAAACACCGAAACUGACAAGUGUUGGUCAGACAGACAGAUAUAUGUGCAAAGAUAUUUUGCGUACAAAAUAUACAUGACGUCUGUUUUUGCCUUAAUUAAGUACUUGCAUUUAGUUUCAAAUAGGGUUUUAAUGAUAUAUAUUUAUUAUAACUUUUGGUUCGAACCCAGAAAAUAUAAAGAUUACACCUACUGAAAUUAAAAAAAAAUAUAUAUAUUAAAAUUGUUACAAGCACAAUAGAUCUACAUUCUCAUGCGUAUUUAUCAUAUGGUAUGAAUUUUCUGUUGUCAAGACUGUGUAAUAUCAAAUGUUUAUUUUUCUGGAAUAAAUAUUUGAAAUAUUUCAAAACUGAAUGAUAAAGAAUAUUUGAGUUGGACCCCGGUCAGACAUCUCAAAUUUGUAGCUUUUGCUUAUAUUCGGAUAAUAAAACUUUGCUGUGGA